AUGGGGAAGGGAACGGGGAGCUUUGGUAAGAGGAGGAACAAGACUCAUACCCUCUGUAUUAGGUGUGGCCGUCGCAGCUUUCACAUCCAGAAGAGCCGAUGCUCUGCCUGUGCCUACCCUGCUGCCCGCAAGAGGACAUAUAACUGGAGCCAGAAGGCGAUUCGCAGGAAGACAACGGGAACUGGUCGCAUGAGGUAUCUUCGCCAUGUGCCUCGACGAUUCAAGACCAAUUUCAGAGAAGGUACUGAAGCGGCUCCGAGGAAGAAGGCAGCGGCAGCUUCUGCUUGA